AUGGCACACUCUAAGAAUCCCUCGAUCUAUCUUCGCUUGGCUCCCCGUUUCGACAAAGGAGGCGUCAGCGCACUCUCCGUACAUCUCGAGAUAGAGAAUCCCUCUGUUCAAGAUGGCCAGCCUAUGUUUCUGUUUGAUACCUUCAUGGAUAAUGUCCCUGGACAUCCGUACUGUGAAAGUGACAUCCACGCUUCAGAUGAUGACGGACCUCUGCUACUUGCCUUUCGCGACAUUCCAAGUCCGAACCGUAACACGCAGCAGCAAUGGUGUCCAACUCGACAAACUAAAGGUCAUGUCACUUUGAGAUUUGACGCUUUUCCCCGCACAGUCUCGGAGAAGACUCCAUUGAGGGCCCGUGUGGAUCUUCGCAGGGAUCAAGGCGGCCUUCAGGGUGUUGGCCGUUGGUUUCUGCCCCUUCUCAUAUCUGACCGUGUUCACAAGAAUACUGUCGAAUGGAUCUUGCCAGAUGAGACACCACCGUCAACAAGAUUUGUCUGGAGCCUUGGAGAAGGCCCUGAGCCUGUCGUCGUGAUUGGUCGUGCUGAUACGGUGUGGAGAACUGUCUACAUGACAGGUCCUGUUUGCUCCUACCCAGACUCAGCCGCCCAAAAAGGGGACAUUCUCGCUGCUUGCUACUGGUUCGGCGACCUAAUUCCUAACCUCGAUCGGCUGAAGGCCUACAACACAAGUCUUUACCCAAAGAUGGCAGAGCACUUCGGGGUUUCAGGGGAGUCCUAUCGUGUUUUUAUACGACAGACAAAAGUCGGGUUUGGAGACACUGGAUUUAUCGGUAGCUACGUGCUAGAAUACGAUGAGUCAGUAGCCGACGAACCCGAUGAUUCGCUUUUGCUUCUUUUUACACACGAAAUGGUCCACAGCUUCUCUGACCUCAGUCACGAAGAGGACGGCUAUGACAAUGAUUGGUUCAGAGAAGGUAGAAUCGCCAAGCUUUACUCAGCCUACCUGCCAUACCGUUUUGGAUUUAGAGACAAAGCCUUUCUGAUUGAGAGCCUCAAUCGUCAUCUUCAGGGAUACUUCUCUUCUCCGAGAAUCAGCAUGGAUAUUCGCGAAGCAGGUGAAGAGAUUUUUUCUGACUGGUAUGCUGAAUGGAUACCGUAUAAGAGAGGUUGCACUUAUCUACUUCUCAUUGACUGCUGUAUGCGAAAGCAAGAUGGUCAAUGUGACUUAUCAUACAACGGGCGUCUAGAUAAGAUUGUUGUAGAUCUUUCCCAUCGAUGGAGAGUCGGCGAAACUGUACGGGCUAGCGACUGGCUCAACAAAAUCCGCAACGAAUUGGACCACUCCGGCUUCUCUUUGGACGAUUACUUCAGGAAUAUGCUCAAUGGCACGCAACUCAUGGACUUUACGGGGCUCUCUUUCAAUAAGUCCUCGAUAUGCUUCAUCCCCGUUGAGAUCCCAAUUCUUGAGUUCGGUUUCGACAAACGCAGCCGGAGCACGAGGGUUAUUACAGGGGUUGUUCCUGGCUCCAACGCGGAAACUGCUGGACUGAGGGACGGCAUGCAUCUCUUGGAAGCAUCGAGACCUUCUAAUUGCGUUGAGAAUGUGAACGAGAUAUAUCAAGUUAAGGUGCAAGAUGGUAAUAUUAGCCAGACUAUUCAAUUCUUGCCUAGAAGAUCAGAAAGGGCAUUAGCUUGGCGGGUACAGGACAGUGCAUCUUAA